AAAUUAGUAUCUCAUUUCUCUAUGAUUCUUUUCUCAACAGAGAAGUCAGUAAUGGCUAAAGGAAAUAAGACCAUAAACAAUGAGUUUAUCCUCAUGGGAUUUACUGAUCACCCAGAGCUGAAGACCCUUCUGUUUGUGGUGUUCUUUGCCAUCUAUCUGAUCACCAUGGUGGGGAAUCUCGGCCUGAUGAUAAUAAUUGCAAAAGAUCAUCGUCUGCACACUCCAAUGUACAUAUUUCUAGGCAACCUCGCUCUUGUGGAUUCUUGCUGUGCCUCUGCCAUUACUCCUAACAUGUUAGGGAACUUGUUUUCUGAAAACAGAAUGGUUUCCCUCUAUGAAUGCAUGGCACAAUUUUAUUUUCUUUGCACUGUUGAGACAGCAGACUGCUUUCUUCUGACAGCAAUGGCCUAUGAUCGCUAUGUGGCCAUCUGCAACCCACUGCAGUACCACACCAUGAUGUCAAAGAAACUCUCUGUUCAGAUGACCACAGCAGCCCACAUAGCUGGAAAUCUGCAUUCCAUGAUUCAUGUCGGGCUUCUAUUUAGGUUAACUUUCUGUGGCUCUAAUCACAUCAACCACUUUUACUGUGAUAUUCUUCCUUUGUACAGGCUCUCUUGUGUUGACCCUUAUGUCAAUGAACUGGUACUACUUAUCUUUGCAGGCUCAAUUCAAGUCUCUACAAUAGGUAGUAUCUUAAUAUCUUAUCUCUAUAUUCUCUUUACUAUUUUCAGAAUGAAAUCUAAAGAGGGAAGGAUCAAAGCCUUUUCCACCUGUGCAUCCCACUUUCUGUCAGUCUCAUUAUUCUAUGGAUCUCUUAUUUUCAUGUAUAUUAGACCAAAUUUGCUUGAAGAAGGGGAUAAAGAUAUAGCAGCUGCUAUUUUGUUUACAGAAGUAGUUCCUUUACUAAAUCCUUUUAUUUAUAGCCUAAGGAAUAGGGAAGUAAUAACUGUCUUAGGAAAAAUUCUGAAGGAAAAGAAAUCGCAAAAACUUUGAAACAAAUGAUAUUUACUUCAGCUUAAUGAUUUAAAUUCAGAAAAAUUUUCC